AUGUCACUCAACUGUCGUCUGUCAUGCGCAGUGAAAAUUUUGUGAUCAAUCGAAGACGUUGUUUUCAGACCAGAAAGUUUUCUUACGCAUUUGUAAAGUGAUUAAUACUUAAAAAUGCCUCGACGCGGACGAUCAGCAAGUCCACCUCCUGCUCCCCAGCGAAGGGCUGCACCGCCUCCACCGCAAAGGAGCAGUGUACCAGCUCAUGCUCCACCAUCAACCCCGGCUAUGGCUAGUGCUCAGCCUCAGCAGCCUUCUAUGUUCGGCCAAAUGGCAGCGACCGCCGGCGGAGUUGCCGUAGGAUCAGCUGUGGGUCAUGUUGCUGGUAGUGCUUUAACUGGCUUGUUCAGUGGAGGAAGCAGCAGCGAGCCUGCGCAGCAACAACAAGCGCAGCCUGCCCAGGCCACUUACAACCAAGGACAACAGCCACAGGGACCUUGUGCCUGGGAAAUCAAGCAGUUCAUAGAGUGUGCCCAACAACAGCAUGAUCUUUCUCUAUGUGAAGGCUUUAAUGAGGCUCUUAGUCGCUCCCGAUACUCGCGCGCGGACCAACAUGCGCCGGCGCAUCCUCCUACCAUCGUCGUGACGCCGAUGCCGCGUCGCUCCGUGUUCCGGGACGCGGCUGCGGUAGCGGGAGGAGUCACUGUCGGAACCACUAUGGGCCACCUGGCAGGAGAGGCUGUAUCAAGUAUGUUUACUGGUCGCCGACGAGAAGAGGUGCAACGCUCGCUACCGGAAAAUUAUGAACUGGGAACAGAGCCUAGCGGACCCUGUGCGUAUGAAAUAGCCCAGUUCCUGCAGUGCGCAACAAACCACGAAAGCUUGCAGGAAUGUGAAGCAUUUAACGAAGCGCUCAGGGCAUGCAAGCGGCGAAAUCGUCUGCCUUGAGUCCAAUUUUUCCCCCACGCACCCAAAAAGAAAAACAGUU